AUGACCACCUAUUCGGCUCCGGGAAAGGCCCUCCUUUGCGGCGGUUAUUUGGUUAUUGAUCCGGCGUAUUCAGCAUACGUCGUGGGCCUCUCGGCGCGUAUUUACGCGACAGUUUCGGCUUCCGAGGCCUCCACCACCUCUGUCCAUGUCGUCUCUCCGCAGUUUGACAAGGGUGAAUGGACCUACAACUACACGAACGGCCAGCUGACGGCCAUCGGACACAACCCAUUUGCUCACGCGGCCGUCAACACCGUUCUGCAUUACGUUCCUCCUCGAAACCUCCACAUCAACAUCAGCAUCAAAAGUGACAACGCGUACCACUCGCAAAUUGACAGCACGCAGAGAGGCCAGUUUGCAUACCACAAAAAGGCGAUCCACGAGGUGCCUAAAACGGGCCUCGGUAGCUCCGCUGCUCUUACCACCGUUCUUGUGGCAGCUUUGCUCAAGUCAUACGGCAUUGAUCCCUUGCAUAACACCCACCUCGUUCACAACCUGUCCCAGGUUGCACACUGCUCGGCACAGAAGAAGAUUGGGUCUGGAUUUGACGUGGCUUCGGCCGUUUGUGGCUCUCUAGUCUAUAGACGUUUCCCGGCGGAGUCCGUGAACAUGGUCAUUGCAGCUGAAGGGACCUCCGAAUACGGGGCUCUGUUGAGAACUACCGUUAAUCAAAAGUGGAAGGUGACUCUGGAACCAUCCUUCUUGCCGCCGGGAAUCAGCCUGCUUAUGGGAGACGUCCAGGGAGGAUCUGAGACUCCAGGUAUGGUGGCCAAGGUGAUGGCAUGGCGAAAAGCAAAGCCCCGAGAAGCCGAGAUGGUGUGGAGAGAUCUCAACGCUGCCAACAUGCUCAUGGUCAAGUUGUUCAACGACCUGCGCAAGCUCUCUCUCACUAACAACGAGGCCUACGAACAACUUUUGGCCGAGGCUGCUCCUCUCAACGCUCUAAAGAUGAUAAUGUUGCAGAACCCUCUCGGAGAACUAGCACGAUGCAUUAUCACUAUUCGAAAGCAUCUCAAGAAGAUGACACGGGAGACUGGUGCUGCUAUUGAGCCGGAUGAGCAGUCUGCAUUGCUCAACAAGUGCAACACUUAUAGUGGAGUCAUUGGAGGUGUUGUGCCUGGAGCAGGAGGCUACGAUGCUAUUUCUCUUCUGGUGAUCAGCUCUACGGUGAACAAUGUCAAGCGAGAGAGCCAGGGAGUCCAAUGGAUGGAGCUCAAGGAGGAGAACGAGGGUCUGCGGCUCGAGAAGGGGUUCAAGUAG